UGGUGGCGACUGGCGCCGACUCCGUCAACGAUGAUCCAUCGCGCUAGCUUCCAUUUCAGCUAUCGGUUACCCGUAGCACGCUCAGCGCAGGUGCUGCAGGUUUGUCGCUACACAAAGGCGACUCAGGAUCGCUUUGUCAGCGUAAAUGUUCGGCCUGGUGGUUAUGCGUUGGUUUCAAUUCGCCGCGAGCCCGUCAACAGCAUGAACUUGACCAUGUGGGAGCAGCUCCUGGAGACUCUUACGACCCUCGAAAAGGAUCAAGUUCGCGGAGUUAUUUUCCAUUCUGGGCUCUCUCGGCCGGUCUUUACGGCUGGUAACGACUUAAAAGAGCUUUAUGCGCCAGCUUCCAGCCAGGAACGGUAUCAUAAAUUCUGGAGUGUAUCAAAUACGUUUCUUGCGCGUUUGUCAAACUCCCCUUUGGUAACCAUCGCCGCUAUCAAGGGUGCCUGUCCCGCUGGUGGAACGUGUUUAUCGAUUGCGUGCGAUUACCGCGUUAUCACCGCCGACGGCAUUAUGGGCCUCAAUGAAGUUGCUCUUGGGAUAGCAGUGCCAGCCAAAUGGAUAAAGCUCAUGGCUAACGUUAUUGGACAAGCUAAAACAGACAAGUUGACUCAAUUUGCCAAAAUGGUCAAGGCACCUGAAGCAUUGACCAUUGGCCUUGUUGAUGAGGUUGUUCAAGAUGAAAAGGAACUGUUAAUACAGGCUGAAAAGGUCAUGGAAAACUUGUUAAAGCUACCUGAUCCGGGGCGGCAGAUUACCAAAGACAUCUUGAGAGGACCUCUCGCCAGAGAAUGGGCCGACGAAAAGUGGCUCAAGGAUGAGGCUGAAACAGCCUGGAAGAUGCUCUCACUUCCAUCUACAGUGAAGGCCCUGGAUGGGGUCUUUGCAAGGUUGUCCAAAUCGAAAGUGUAAAUUAAAUUGAUAUGCGUUAGAUAGAUGAAAUGCGCAGUGUUCAGACCCCGGAUAUCACGCCCGGAACACCGGGCUCGGAUCACUAUAAUACUGUAUUUAAGUGGUUGAGCCGAUCUGGACCCCUGUGUCAUGUUUCAUUGUACAUGUCCGGGAAGGAUGCAUCGUCAAAUGGUUCAGAGUCCUCGUAUAGUUCGUCUUCCCCAUCGAUUGAGGAUUCGUGAAGCAACGUUAGAGAUUGGUGGUUUGGGAAGACUAGAAAAUCCUAGCAGACACUUUCGUAUUAAGACGCAGUCAAGGUGAAGACCGCAUAUGCAUAGCAUCGAGGGUACCUGAAUGACCUUGCGGAGUUGUUCCACAAUAAAUCGCUCAAUCCGACCGA